UGUGGGGAAGCCCAGGAGGAGGAUGGAGUACCUGAACAUUGCUCAAGGAGAGACUUAUUUCUUGGCCCCUAGCCCUGGCCCUGUCUAGGUAGAGCCUUCUGUCGGGAGACUUCAGCUUUUGGUUAAUGGGAAGUCCCGGGCAGAACAGUAAACAGAUUCUUUAUUUAAUUCAUUUUUUUUAAAGGAACGGUCUUAGUUAAGUGGGAUAUAGAAAAAAACAAGUGGAGAUCUGGAGAGGGAGGGGCUGAGCAGCUAUUGUGGAGUGAUGAGGACUCUAACAGCACCAGCCUGUACCUGUUUUGUUUCUGUUGUUAAGGGAGGCACAGGGACGAACCCGAUGGAUAGCAGAAAGCAAGCCCUGGGGUCUCAGGCAGAAAGUGUAUUCUUACCAUAGCUCAUAGAGCUUGGUGGUUGGGGAGUCAAGACUCUGAACUGCGGGCAGGUUCCUGGAGGAAGAGGAAGAGUGUUUUAGUGUUGCUGUUGGAGUGGGGAGCGUGGUCGGUCAACACUGGCUGGCUGCUCUGGCACUCCAUGCACGGUAUCCACUUGUGAAUGAAAACUCCUCUAGGCUAUAGAAUGAGCAUAUUUUUUCUGAUAGCCAUGAUGUCCUCAGAGAUGAGCACACCAAAGGACAGGGAAAAUGACAAGGGGUUUGAAGGUUUCUGUGAAACCUGUUUUGGCUGAGCCCUUACAAGGAGAUCCUCAGGGAACGCUGCUUGACCAGGCUGCCCGAAUGGGGCAAGCAUUACUCUGAGAGUCAGGGUCUCAGGGAGAAAAGUGAGCUGCCAGCCCUGGUGACUUCUCCUCUUUGUUGUUAGGCAGCGGUUGAGAAAAGCUGGGAUGUUUCCAUGAAUGGCAGCCUCUUGUGCCUGACUGGCAGGCUGGGAAGAUGAAUCCAUUUGUAGUACUUCCUGAGGGCAAUGCAAUCGAGCUGGUGAAGGCCUUCCUCCUCUCCACCAUGGUCGACACUACCAAGUAUGAAGUGGCUGCCCAGCAUGAAGCAGAUACCUCUGCUCUGGAAGAUGGGGCCAGCCCAGGGGCCGAGCAGGUAAAACUGAAGAAGGAGAUCUCACUACUUAAUGGUGUGUCCCUGAUAGUGGGGAACAUGAUUGGCUCCGGCAUCUUUGUCUCCCCCAAGGGUGUACUCAUGUACAGUGCCUCUUUUGGCCUCUCGUUGGUCAUCUGGGCCGUUGGGGGCAUUUUCUCCGUCUUUGGGGCCCUUUGUUAUGCCGAACUGGGUACCACCAUUAAGAAAUCUGGGGCCAGUUACGCUUAUAUCCUGGAGGCCUUCGGAGGAUUUCUUGCCUUCAUCCGCCUCUGGACUUCUCUACUCAUCAUUGAACCCACCAGCCAGGCCGUCAUUGCCAUCACCUUUGCCAACUACAUGGUGCAGCCCCUUUUCCCGAGCUGUGGGGCUCCCUAUGCUGCUGCCCGCCUGCUGGCUGCUGCCUGUAUCUGUCUCUUAACCUUCAUUAACUGUGCCUAUGUCAAGUGGGGAACCCUGGUCCAAGACAUUUUCACCUAUGCUAAAGUGUUGGCGCUGAUUGCAGUUAUCAUUGCAGGCAUUGUUACACUUGGCCAGGGAGCCACGAGUCACUUCGAGAAUUCCUUCGAGGGUUCAUCGUUUGCAGUGGGUGACAUUGCCCUGGCGCUGUACUCAGCUUUGUUCUCCUACUCGGGCUGGGACACCCUUAACUAUGUCACUGAAGAGAUCAGGAAUCCUGAGCGGAACUUGCCCCUCUCCAUUGGCAUUUCCAUGCCCAUCGUCACCAUCAUCUACCUCUUGACCAAUGUGGCCUAUUACAGUGUGCUCGACAUGAAGGACAUCUUGGCGAGUGAAGCUGUUGCUGUGACCUUUGCGGAUCGGAUUUUUGGAAUAUUCAACUGGACAAUUCCAGUGGCAGUUGCAUUAUCCUGCUUUGGUGGCCUCAAUGCUUCCAUUGUGGCUGCUUCUAGGCUUUUAUUUGUGGGCUCAAGAGAAGGCCACCUCCCUGAUGCCAUCUGUAUGAUUCAUGUUGAGCGGUUCACACCAGUGCCUUCUCUACUCUUCAAUGGCAUCUUGGCACUGGUCUACUUGUGUGUGGAGGACAUUUUCCAGCUCAUUAACUACUAUAGCUUCAGCUACUGGUUCUUUGUGGGGCUUUCCAUUGUGGGUCAGCUUUAUCUACGCUGGAAGGAACCUGACCGGCCUCGCCCUCUGAAGCUCAGCCUUUUCUUCCCCAUUGUCUUCUGCCUCUGCACCAUCUUCCUGGUGGCCGUUCCACUUUACAGCGACACCAUCAACUCCCUCAUCGGCAUCGCCAUCGCCCUCUCAGGCUUGCCCUUCUACUUCCUCAUCGUCAGGGUCCCUGAGCACAAGCGACCGCUCUGCCUUCGCAGGAUUGUAGCCUCCACCACACGGUACCUCCAGAUCCUCUGCAUGUCAGUUGCUACAGAACUGGAUUUGGAAGAUGGAGAGCUGCCCAAACAACAAGGUCGCAAGUCUAAGUAGAGCUUGGAACUCUGAGAUGCGGACAAACGGGUGCUUCUUACGUCCCACUGGCCAGAGCCUCUUUGGAGGUACCCAUCCAGGAGCCCAGUCUCGGCAGCUUCAACUUUGAACUUGCUUUUGAGGGAUGAAAAAUAAUUUAUUUGUUUUGCUAUGUAUUGUUUCAGACUUUAUAAAGGGAUAAUGCAGACUGUGGCAGGAAGCAGGCCACUUCUGGAGCCUGGUUCUGGAAGUGCCUGGGUGUGCCUACCCACUCCUCUUUUCCUUUACAGGGACCAACAAUGCUCCAAACUUGUCUCCUUUAGAGGGACACAAAACUGUCAUAGUUGCAAAACAAUAAAAAGGUUAUGUUCCUACAG